AUAGAUAUUUGCCUAUUCUCUAUAUAAUAGCUAACAAGCUUGAAUUGGGCGAAUCUGUUUUAUAACGGACGAUCGCCGAUCGCCAUGACGCAGGAUGUCGUCUCAAUCUCCCUCGAACCCGCUUCAAGCCAAGGUCUGCUUCGUCCCGUCUCGCGGUAUGAAGAAGAUAUAGGAAGACCAAUCUACAAAGAGAAACCGCCUGCAACGGCCAAAUUCGAUCGGGCCGUCACUGAGCUGCUUUUGCUCAAACCUGGCAGGUUCUCCGAGAUCAAAGCUGAUAACGUACAUCUCAUCAAGAGCGAUAGCGAGAAAGCAGCCGAGGAGGCUGAAGAAGACUCUAAAGAGGAUGAUAAGGUGGAUGAGGAUGUCGCAAACGACCAAAAUCGGAGGAAAGAGUUGAGUGCGGAAGAGAUGGGGAUGAUGAAGUACGAAGUCGCUGGCAGAUUACACGCCGCUUGGCAACAGAUGAUGAAAACCAGCGAGAUCAUCCGUUCCCUCACUCCCCUCCAGCCGCACCCAUACACCGAACCACACCUAGUCGGCAACGCUACCAUCCCAGCCGAUUCCCUUAUGACCACCUCCUCCCUCUCAGAUAAACCGCCUACCAAGGACAUCUUUGCGGCUCUGGAUGUGAAGAAGAUGAUACUGGCAAGGAACCGGAAGGGUCUGUCGGAUGCCAAGGAAGCGUUGGUAUCAAGAGCAGGGGAGAUGCGCAGACAGAUGGCUGGAGAGCCUCAAUACUGGACCGAUCUCAAAAACCUAGCCGGGUUCCCCAUUCCGGCGGACGACACCCCGACGGGCAUGCAGAUGAACGCUAUCGCCGGUCCCAGCGACCCCAAAACCGACAUCAGCAACAGUAACAAAGUAUGGUCGAUCCGACCACGCUGGAAGCCCGGUAGAGACCUCGAUGCACGUGUCCAGAUGGCUUCGGACGUGAUGAUCCCCUACGCACCGGACGAGGCGGGUCUUUCUUUCCGUAUGGCCGCUAUAGCGACUUUAGAUCCCCCUGCGUCCCCGGUUGGUGACCGUAAGCAGGAGGUGCAAGGGAGCUCGACCAGUUCUAGGACGACGAUCAAGAUACCAGCGAGGAGACGAAGACGGCUGCGGCUGUGUAUACGAACAGCAGAUAAGAGGGAUAAUCAGGUGUCGUAUAGCACCCUCGAUGCUUCGGCGUUAGACGAAGACGAUAGUGAAGGUGCCGACUCGAGUCGAAGCUUAGAGCGCGCUGCAGAGGAACUCUUCGAGGAAGAGAUCUAUAACGAGAUACGGAUAGAAGCCAAGGCUAGCCCCACGCUAAAUGCUCGGAUCUCGGUCGACUCUGUUACUAUCUCGGCUGUUCCCGAGCAAGAACUGGUCUUCGAACUCGUCAACUUAGACGAGCUGGAGAGUGACGAAGACGGGCCAAAGAGAUCAUCAGCCAAGGCCGAUCUGAUCCUCUCGAUCGUCAAGAUGAGUAUGCUCAAGAUCUACCGGGAACGCGGCGCACCGAAAGCCGUCGAACCAGAGCCUACGACUAAAGAGAUAUCUGGACCUUCCCGACCAAAAGCUGGGGCGAGAUCUAAACCAGGUCAACCCCCAUCUGCCGCGGUCAAACCUGUACCACCAUCCUUGGCGAAGGCAACAGUCUUUGGGACGCUGGUGCCUUAUCUGCACUACCAAGCCUUUUUGGGACGCCUACUUCAGGUACUCGAAGGAUUCAAGAGGACGAUCGGGUCGUUUGGGUUGGACCUUGGGAUCCGGCGGAAGGAUAGUGGGGUAGUGGGAGGCCUGGAUUGGGCUUCGCUUGUGGGUGGGACAGACGGGUAUAAGGAUGGGAGUAUCGACGUAACCCUAGAGGGAAGGCAAAUCGUUUCCCUCACCAUCUCCUCAUCAGCGACGUUCACGCUCGUCUUCCCCAACGUAUACCUUCCUUCCAGCGAUAUGACCCAGCUCCCAUCCUACAUCUCGCGGGAAAUUCGGCAAUGCCUGGUGGAUAUCAUCGAGGAACACGUUCGAAGCAAGAUCGAAACCGCUGGGUUUGCCAAGGUGGCCAAGGAUCAUCUCGCGGGGACUGUCAGUACGGCAAAGACGAAAAUAGCUGUCGAUAUUGGUGCAACAUCAACCGCUACCAGCAUCAAGGCGUACAUCCUCCGGCGCAAGGGAGACAGGGAUACACAUGGGCAGGAGACUACCAUUCAGCAUAUUGAAGAGGUCGUGUUUGAUGGUACGAAGUCGGACGAGGGCGAGCUACUCCGCUGGGUGGAUCGUAUGAUUGUACGGUGACAACAUGCAUUCGAGACGCAGGGUAUAGCGAUGUGAACUUCCAUGCAUGUCGUGCUGCUAGAAUAGACCAUUGAUAAGGCGACGGUUCAUCACGGCCGAUAAUCUCGGAUCAUUAAUUCCCGGCGAAUGAUCGUUCCUGAAUGACGAUGAUCUCCGCCUCGGAGGCAAUGCAUGAAACGGAGAUGACCGAUUGGAUGACCAUAGACCGCAG